AUGGCGAUCUGUACUUAUAACGCACGUACGCUUGCAUCGGAAGCGGCCAUCGAAGAUCUGAUGAUGCAAGCCAAGAAGAUCAAGUACGACGUCAUCGGACUGACCGAGACGAGACGACGUCACCCUCUCAACGCCGUAUAUGAAACUGGAGAAGAACUGUUCUUAGGAACAUGCGACAGUAGAGGUGUUGGUGGAGUUGGCGUCCUCGUCAACACGAGUAUGGCAAAGAACAUCGACUCUUUUGAACAACUUACGACCCGAAUCGGACGUCUGCGGAUGAGAAGAUGUGGCCCAAUACCAGCUUUGACUAUCUUCGUCGUUUACGCUCCAACAUCAAGCUACGAAGAAGAAGAAGUCGAAGCUUUCUAUAUGGACCUGGAGAAGUUCUACCAAGAAGAUCAUGCCUUCUACAAGGUCAUAGUUGGCGAUUUCAACGCUAAGGUUGGCCCAAGAAGAACGCCGGAGGAACUUCACAUCGGGACCCACGGCCUACAAUGGAAUGACCAGGGAGAGAGGCUCUCCGAGUUCAUCAUGACGACUAAGACCAUCCAUGGGAACUCGCAAUUUCAGAAGCCCUCUUCUUUACGCUGGACGUGGGAGUCACCCGGUGGAGGGUACCGUAAUGAAAUAGACCACAUCAUCGUCAAUAAAAGGUUCUGCCUGACGGACGUCGGUGUUGUACCAAAGUUCUAUACGGGAUCGGACCAUCGCCUCCUCCGAGGAAUAUUUUCCUUCACAAGGAGAGCAGAGAAAGCCGCCAAGUUCAGAGAGAGAAAUCCCAGGACUACCAUCAACUGGGAUCUCUUCGCUACGCUAGCCGGCUUUUGGGAAGAUUCUGCAAUGGACAACAUCGACGAGGAAUAUGACCGGCUUGUCGAACACCUUCACGACUGCGCGAAGAAGGCUGAGAGUUUUAAAACCACCAAGAGGCGCCUGUCUCUUGAAACUCUUGAGCUGAUACGCCAGCGUGGAGCAGCACGAGCCGCAGGGAACCAAGAACUCACGUCCGAGCUCGCAAGGCUUUGCCGAGAGGCGAUAAAGGAAGACCUUAAAGAGAGAAGAGCAGAAGUGCUGGCUGAAGCUGCAGAGGCGGGGAAAAGCAUCCGCUAUGCCCGUCGAGACUUCGCCAGUCGCAAGACGAGGAUGACUGCUCUCCGGAACCCAAAGGGAACAGCCAUUGCAUCGAGAAGGGGGAUGGAGAAAAUCAUCUACGACUUCUACUCUGAUCUCUUCGACAGCCAUGUCCACUUGCCUCCUCACCAUCUGAGGGAAGAUGGACAAGUCAUUCCAGAGGUUCUCCCGUCCGAAAUACGACAUGCUAUCAUGUCGGUAAGAAAUCGUACGGCACCCGGUCCCGACAGAAUAAGACCAGAACACCUGAAGAGCCUUCCGCCAGUACUCAUCAACACCCUGGCGAGGCUCUUUACACGUUAUCUGUCGGAAUGCAAGGUUCCUAAACAGUGGAAGACCAGCAAGACCGUGUUGUUGUAUAAAAAGGGAGAUCCACAUGACAUCGGCAACUAUCGCCCAAUCUGCCUACUGUCCGUCAUCUACAAGCUCUUUACAAGAGUAAUCCUUAAUAGGAUUGAAAAAGUCUUGGAUGAAGGACAGCCAUGCGAGCAAGCAGGGUUUCGAAAAGGAUUCAGCACGAUUGACCACAUUCACACUGUUUCGAAACUCAUCGAGGUAUCACGAGAGUACAAGAUGCCGCUCUGUCUCACCUUCAUCGACUUAAAGAAGGCUUUCGACUCGGUUGAGACGGAAGCGGUCGUGGAAGCCUUGGACAACCAAGGCGUCCCUACUCAAUAUAUAAAGGGUGAUACAAUUUCACCCAAAAUAUUCACAGCCACCCUCGAGAACGCAAUGCGAAAGUUGGAAUGGGACGACAUGGGAGUGAAGGUUGAUGGUCGGCAGCUACACCAUUUGCGCUUUGCUGAUGACAUCGUACUGGUAACACCUAGCAUCAGCCAAGCGGAACGAAUGCUGACCGAAUUCGACGAAACAUGUGGAUGCAUCGGUCUUCAGCUGAAUCUACAAAAGACGAUGUUCAUGCGGAACGGAUGGGUCUCGGAUGCCCCAUUCACGCUCAACGGAACGAACAUAUCCGAAUGCACCAGCUACGUUUAUCUGGGUCGGGAACUGAACAUGAUGAACGACCUGACCCCCGAGCUGGGCAGGAGGAGACGAGCGGCUUGGGGAGCGUACAAGAGCAUCGAGGAUGUAGUGAAGAAGACCAGGAACACCCGGCUCCGUGCUCACCUCUUCAACACCACCGUACUUCCUGCUUUGACCUAUGCUUCGGAAACCUGGGCAUUUCGCAAGCAGGAAGAAAACGCGGUGAGCGUCAUUGAACGCGCAAUUGAGAGAGUGAUGCUAGGAGUAUCCCGUUUCACGCAAGUGAGGGACGGGAUUCGAAGUUCUCUCCUACGUCAGCGAUCGAGGAUUAGAGACGCCGCCGCGUUUGCCAAGGAAAGUAAAAUAAGGUGGGCCGGACACGUGAUGCGCUUUGAUGACAACCGUUGGACCAGAGCCGUGAGCGACUGGGUUCCCCGCGAUAUUAAGCGCACUACAGGAAGACCGCCGACCCGAUGGUCAGAUUUCUUCACGAAGUCCUUGAAAGAAAAAUAUGAUGCUCUUCGUGUCCCACGCGAAAGGAGGAACCACUGGGCGACUCUGGCACGCGAUCGGGACAAAUGGAAGGAUUACUGGCGCCCUCUCGACCAGUUCGAAGAUCAACGGGAGUCAAGGUGA